AUGAUCUCAGUCCCCCAGGGAGAGACUUCCGGUUGCCUAUUUGAGACGCCUUUCUGGCUGAUGUACUGGCCGGGGAGAUGUCAGACACAUGGAGCUCGAUCCAGGCUCACAAGAAGCAGCUGGACUCCCUGCGGGAGCGGCUGCAGCGGAGGCGGAAGCAAGAACCUUUGGACCUCAGGAAUCCAGAGCUGGCCCUCAGCCCUCCCUUCCGCAGUGACAGCCCAGUCUCUUCGUCUGUCACACCCAGCACUGCUACUGAAUCUGGGGAUCUGGUGACAGACCCUGAGCUUGAGAAGAAACUCCUUCAUCACCUUUCGGAUCUGGCACUGGCAUUGCCCACAGAUGCCUUGUCCAUCUGCCUUGCCAUUUCAACGCCUGAGUCCCCUGCCACCCAGAAGAGUGUGGAGAGCCUGCUGCAGAAAUUUGCCGCUCAGGAGCUGAUAGAGGUGAAACGAGGUCUCCUCCAGGAAGAUGACCAGCCCAUGCUGGUCACCUAUGCCGACCACUCUAAGCUCUCUGCCAUGAUGGGUGCAGUGGCUGAGAAGAAGGGAACGGGGGAAGGCGCCGGGGCUGGAGGGGUGAAGAGGAGAGCAGAGCAAGACACCGGGGCCUCCAUCUCCACAGCAGGGGCCUCACCUUCCAUCUCGACUCUCUUGGAGCCUCUCAGAGAGCCUCCCAAGAAAUCACGCAAGCAAGCCUCAGAUCUGGAUCUGGAGAUUGAGAGCUUGCUGAGCCAGCAGUCCACGAAGGAGCAGCAGAGCAAGAAGGUGAGUCAAGAGAUCCUGGAGCUGCUGAACACGACGACAGCCAAAGAGCAGUCCAUUGUGGAGAAGUUCCGCUCACGAGGCCGAGCCCAAGUGCAAGAGUUCUGCGACUAUGGAACCAAGGAAGAGUGCAUGAAGGCCAAUGAUGCUGAGCGGCCCUGUCGGAAGCUUCACUUCCGACGCAUCAUAAACAAGCACACGGAUGAGUCGUUGGGGGACUGUUCCUUCCUGAACACUUGUUUCCACAUGGACACCUGCAAAUACGUGCACUACGAAAUCGAUGCCUGCGCUGACUUAGAUGCUCCCUGCGGGCGGGAACUCAGCUCAGGACAAGAACUGGCUUUGCCUCAAGCAGUAGGGAGAGAUUCCAGUGUGGACCGUCUCUUUCCCCCACAGUGGAUUUGCUGUGACAUUCGCUACCUGGACGUCAGCAUCUUGGGCAAGUUUGCCGUAGUGAUGGCCGACCCGCCCUGGGACAUCCACAUGGAACUGCCUUACGGGACACUCACUGAUGAUGAGAUGAGGCGGCUCAACAUCCCGGUGUUACAGGAUGAAGGCUUUCUUUUUCUAUGGGUCACUGGCCGAGCCAUGGAACUGGGCCGAGAGUGUCUCAACCUUUGGGGGUAUGAACGGGUGGACGAAAUCAUCUGGGUGAAAACCAACCAGCUCCAGCGCAUUAUCCGAACGGGGCGCACUGGCCACUGGCUGAACCACGGAAAGGAGCAUUGCUUGGUUGGGGUUAAAGGAAACCCACAGGGCUUCAACCGGGGUCUUGACUGUGAUGUCAUUGUGGCUGAGGUUCGCUCUACCAGCCACAAACCAGAUGAGAUCUAUGGCAUGAUUGAACGGCUUUCACCGGGGACCCGGAAGAUCGAACUCUUUGGAAGGCCACACAAUGUGCAGCCCAACUGGAUCACCCUUGGCAACCAGCUUGAUGGAAUCCAUUUGUUGGACCCGGAUGUCGUGGCCCAGUUCAAACAGCGUUACCCUGAUGGGAUCAUUUCAAAACCUAAGAACAUGUAACAAGGCUGAGAAAGCCUCAAGGCUAUGGACCACGACCUGUUAUGUUGAGAGGAAGAGAAAAAGGCCAAGGACUGUGUAUUCUAAUCUUUAGUUUUUUUUAAUAAAAUGGAUUCUUUCCCCACCAUAACUGAGACUUAGAAGAAACGGGAGCAAGAUGGUUGUUCCUCUGGAAGAAAUGAACUUCCUCCCCCCUUUUGUAGAUGGUCCCAAGGGAGCAGAAGUCCCUAAAAUUUUCUCAUUCUCCUCUGAGUCUGAGAGACAUAUGCAUUAUUCCCAUCCAUAGGCUAUACCCAAAGGAAGUCCACCCUCUCUUGCUGCGAUUCCUUGCUAUCCAUCCCUACAAUGGAGCUCUUGGUGGUGCAAUGGGUUAAGCCCUUGUGCUGGCAGGACUGAAGACUGAUAGGUUGCAGGUUCGAAUCUAGGGUGAGCACAGAUGAGCUCCUUCUGUCAGCUCCAGCUUGCCAUACGGGAACAUGAGAGAAGCCUCCCACAAGGAUGGUGAAACAUCAAAACAUUCGGGCGUCUCCUGGGCAACAUCUUUGCAGACAGCCAAUUAUCUCACACCAGGAGCGACUUGCAGUUCCUCAAGUUGCUCUUGACACAAAAAAAAAAAUCCCUACAGUAGGGACCAGGAUUCUUCACUUCAUCUUGAUUACUUUUCAUCUUCCUUGGAAAUAGAUUCAUAAGGUAAAGGUUUCCCUUGACACUUAAGCCUAGUCGUGUCCAACUCUGAGGGUUGGUGCUCAUUUCCAUUUCUAAGCCAAAGAGCCGCCGUUGUCCAUAGACGCCUCCCAGGUCAUGUGGCUGGCAUGAUUGCAUGGAGCACCGUUACCUUUCCGCCAGAGUGGUGCCUAUUGAUCUACUCAUAUUUGAAUGUUUUUAAACUGCUAGGUUGGCAAAAGCUGGGGCUAACAGUGGGUGCUCACCCCACUCCCUGGAGUCAAACCGCUUACUUUUCAGUCAGCAACUUCAGCAGCUCAACCUACUGCGCCACCAGGGGCUCCAUACUUUAUACAGGUUCAUACUUUAAUGACAUUCAAAAUCCAAUAUUUCUCUAAUGCUGAAGGAAUUACUAUUUUCUCCAAUCUUUCUCCCAAGAAGUACACAGCAGACCGCUUCCAAUAUCCCUUGUCCAGCUUUUAAUCGACUCCAUCAAGAGAAACAUAUCAAGGGAUAAUAUAUAGAAAAAAAAUAACGGGGGACGGCUGCAGCGGCAUCCAACCCUUUCCCUCCCACCCCCCAAAAAUGAAAUCAUCUCCUGCAGAGGGUCUCCAACUCGUGUACAAUUCCGCCACGUCCCCUUCCCGCCCCAAAGUUGCAUGGCGAUUCUUGUAUCCGUUUUUAGGCGUCCUCAGGAAAAAGUGCGCAUGGGGACGCAAAAUCGGCCGUGCUCUCUGUUCCUCUCCAACCAAAAGGCUGGAGGUUAUUUCACAAAGACAACAUUGUUGUUGGAAUUGCGGGAGGCCAGCCAAGCUAGGAAGACAUCCCUGUGAGUGAGAGAAAGAGACAGAAAAAAGGAGGCAAGUUAGAGGUAGAGAAAAACUGUUUUUUGUGCAAUUUAUAGAGACACACUGACGUAAACAUGUAGGGCUCCACUGCUAAAAUAUGGGAUUUGAUGGGGAGGAAAUAAUACAGGAAAGCAGAGGAGUUUGCGGACAAAAUGGAAUUCUGGAAUGUCUGCAGUGAGUAAGCAUAUUUUUGUGCAUUUUCACCCAUAUUGGUGGGCUUUCUGUGUGGUAAAUAAAUUCACCUCAAAAUUGAA